CAUUUUUUAGAUUAAAAUUUAACAUAGUAAAAGUAGGUACGAGGUAUUGCCACUUUAAGUAAAGGAUCUAAGUAGUUCUUCCACCAAUGGAAAAUGCUGUGCAGUCAGAAUUGGACAUCAGCAUUUAUCAGCAAACUGAAGCAGGUGGAAACAUCCUGCUAUACUCACCUGUCACCACUGGAGGCCGCUACUGCCUCAACACAAAUCCUCACUGACAAGUCAAAAAGCGUCUUGUCGCCAUGGAAACUUGAACGUGAGCGCUUGACGCUGGUUUUACCAAAAUGGUUUUAGCUGUUGGUUUUCCAUCUUGAAUAUCUCGUUCCAGUCUCGUUUUCUUUCCAUCCCACGUCUGCUGUUGCACAAGUUUGCCAUGGAGUCAGUGGUUAGAGCUUUAUAUGGCAAAGCAACUUCUUUAAAUCUGAGUUCUAAGAAAAUAAAGGACGUUCCCAAGUGCGUUUCCGGAUUAACAAACCUCUCAGUUCUUCUGUUGAACAACAACUCCAUCAGCGCCCUGCCUGCCGAGCUGCUCUCUUUACAACACCUGGUUAAGCUGAAUUUGGGAAAUAAUGCCUUGAAGGAGGUUCCCGCUGUUUUGGGCCAUCUGGAGUCCUUGAAGAAACUGUAUCUGUUCAGCAACCAAAUUACAUUCGUGCCACCUGAGGUGAUAGGUGGUUUACAAAACCUUGUUGUGCUCAAUCUGAACCACAACCAGAUUCAAAGACUUCCACCAGAGAUUAAAAGUUUGAGCAGGCUUCAGCAUCUCAGUGUGCUGGACAAUAAGCUGGAGGAGGUCCCUGUUGAGUUGGGUGAUCUCACGAGGUUGUCUGAGAUAAACUUGACAUCCAAUAAUUUGUCCUGGCUACCUCAGCAGCUGUACCACUGUAAAGAACUAACCAAGUUGUAUGUAGCCAGAAACAAGCUGACCAGCCUACCAGAGGGAAUUGGGGCACUGGCAAAACUCCAAGUUCUAGAUGUGGCUGGGAACAAGUUGUCCAUGUUCCCUGUUGAGUUUCACCUGCUGCCCCUGAAGGAGCUCUACUAUGAAGGCAACAGGUUUGUGCGCUGUGAACCGAUGCUGUCAGUACAGGAUGCUGAGGUGCUUACAUUAAAGGAACUGGCUGCCAGAUUUGUCUUGCGGGAGGACAGGAACAGGUCUUCUCUGGUCCACAAGACGCUUCCCCACUACCCAUUCUUGACUGCCCUGUUGGCCAAUGGGAGCUGUUGUGCGCUCUGCCUGGGCCCCAUCCUCACCACCUGGCUGGAGUGUGUGCAUUUUGUCAGUCUGAAGAAGGACAUGAAAAUGAGGAGUUCGCUGACUAUUCCAGUGCGUGCCCUUCUUUGUUCAUACAAGUGUUUUAAUACAGAUGGACACUCCUACUAUGGUGUUGCUGCAAGAUAAAUACAAGUUCAAUAAAAAGGUACUAUCCAUGAUCUCAA